AUGGCUUCUUCAUCAUCUUCAACAGUUUCAGAUGAGCAAUUCAAGCUGUUUCAUUCGAUUGAUAGAGAGGUUUACAGGCUACUUGUGAUUAAUCUAUGGAGGGAUCCUGUGGAGUCCAUGCAAAUAAUGGCCUUAUGGCUGUGGUUGGAGAGAAUGGGUUUCCCCAUUAUGGUGAAAAAAAUCCUUGCUUUACCUUAUAUUCUGAUAAAUGAAGUAGCAGAUGAGUCGAACAUUUGCAUCAGCUGCGUAAACGAUAAUCAAUUCGCUAGCCAGAAUAGCGAUAUCCCUCUGAUGCAAAUUCUGAUGGAGAAAGAAAUUUCUCUCAAAUAUUUCCAUGACAAUAGGCUGUGUGCAACUCAAGGGAUGGCAAAAUUUAUGAAUGAUGUAUGUAUCAGAGCAUUAUAUGAUAUAAUGCAACAAGCCAUUGAAAGAAACUGUGCCCAGAUUAGCUUUCUGACCACCACCCAGAAAAUCCCACCUUCCUCCACCCAACCUAGACUUCCUCAAACUGAGUCUAAUGAUGUCCCUCCAGAGGACAGGACCAUGUUUGUCACCUUCUCCAAGGGCUAUCCUGUGCAUAAAUGGGAAGUGAAGGAAUUCUUCACCAGGACUUAUGGGGAUUGUAUAGAGUCUCUUCACAUGCAAGAAGUGGAGUUCAAUGAGCAAGCACUCUUUGCUCGUAUUGUGUUUUACUCAGCAGCUACUAUUGAUGUGAUUCUUAAUGGAGUGGACAAAGUAAAAUUCAACAUCAAUGGGAAGCAUGUCUGGGCUAGAAAAUUUGUCCCAAAGCGACCAAAAUCUUCACUUCUGUCUCCGCUGCUGUCCAAUUCCUCGCCCCCAUCUUGA